AUGUGGUGGCAGGUCGGCAGGUUCGGGCUGAGGGUGUUGCUGGUGGCGCUCGUGUUCUCCACCAUGGGCGCUCUGCUGGGUCUCUUCGGGCAGAUGGGAGCCAGAGUUGAAGACUGGACUGAGCUGCUGUCCCUGGCACAAGAUACAGACACAACGCGCCAUACCCGCAGCGUAUGCGACAUCGAGCCACCCUUCAUCAAGCUCGACGAGCUCUUUGCCGUCAACUUCAGCCAGCGCGUGCCGGCGCCAGGUUGCCCGCCCGAGGCCACGGGCCGCCUGUGCCGCUUGCAGGACGUCUUUGACGAGAUCAUUCUCAUCUCCCUGCCGAGAUUCACCUCCCGCCUCGCCCGCGCCCGAGCCCAGCUGCGCGACCUGGGCGUGCCCUACACCCUGAUCCACGCCUUUGACGCCAAGGGCUUGGCCAACGCGGCCGACCUGGCCAAGAUCGUCAUGCACGACCCGCGGGAGCAGCACCCCGGGGUGUUCAGCCUCUACCUGACCCAUAUGGGCGUGCUGGCCUACAUCGAGCGCUCGCCUUCGGAGCGCGUGCUCAUACUCGAAGACGACUUCAUCUUUUGCGCCGACUUCCCGAGGGCGUUUGACGCCCGUGUGCGUCGCAUUCCGGACGACUGGCAAAUGCUGUGGCUGGGCGCUCUGGUCGAGAAGCCCACAUUCUACACCAACCACGAGUUGAUCGAGCGCUUCUCGGAGGUCAACUACGCUCGGCCAAGGAUCAUCGCCACGGCGUGGGCUGUCGGCAUGCACCGCGAUGCGGCCAAACUGAUGGCCCGCUCUCUGGAGAUGUCGCGAGAGGCCAUGGACCGCCAGGCAUUCGUCGACGCCCUCAAGAAGUGGCCCAUGGGGUCGUACAUCAUGUGGCCGCCCGUGGCGGCGACCAACCCCUACUCGGGUUCCACCCUGGGCCACAGCUGGCCUAUCGCCCCGGCCGAUUGGGCGCGGGACAACGGGCUCGACCUGGCUAACUUUGACUUCCAGCGCGGCUAUCACCGCGGCGGCGAGCUAGGCGCGGAUCUGCGCUGCGUCGUUGAGGACCGAGGCGAAGGUGCGGCGUGGGAGUACCCUGCCGAGAGCGUCGUUAGUGAGGCGGUGGAAGCUACCGCUGACCAGUGCUGCGCCAAGUGUUCUACUGACUGGCCCCGGUGCCAGGCCUGGCAAUGGAUCCCCGACUCGGGCCGCUGCGUGCUGGCCAACGCCUGGGCGGCCGAGGCUGCCACCAAUCCCAGCAAGGUGGUGUCCGGCCGCAUAGUGCAGGAGGACAGCCCGUUCCGGGUGCCCAACGUGGUCCACUUUGUCUACACCCCGCGCUUGCCGCGGCUCGACGUGUGGGUCUACAUAUCGGUGCUCAGCGCGGCGAUCAACACCGAGCCCGACGCCAUCCGGUGGCACCACCGCGCGCUGCCCCAGGGGCCAUGGUGGGACUGUACGCGCCCGCUUCUGACCUCGCUCGAUCUGGUCGACGACGUCACCUCGAUUCACGGCCAGCCUUUCCCCACUCUCUCUGAGGCCCACAAGUCCGACAUCAUUCGGCUGCAGGUGCUCAUGCGCGAGGGCGGAAUCUACCUCGACACCGAUGCGCUCGUGCUUCGCUCGUUCGACCCCCUGCGUACCCGCAACGCCGUCUCGCUGGCCAAAGAUGGGGCCGUCCCUGACGACAAGAUACCUCUGAUCGGCAGCGGGGUGCUGGUGGCGCCGCCCAACGCGAGCUUCCUGCAGCGCUGGUGGGCCGAGUUCAGGACCUUCGACAACUCCAAGUGGAACGUCCACUCGUGCAAGGUGUCGCGCCAGCUGGCCGAAAGCCACCCGGACGAGGCCAACCUGCUGCCGCACACGGCCUUCUACCCGCGCUCGUGGCAGCCGCCGCACCUGGCCAUUGCCUACAAGGCCGAUGACUGCCGGUCCGAAGCCGACUCCUACGCCGUCCACAGGUACAACUCGGCCGUUGACGGCACCGCCAAGGGGAAGUGGGCGCCACCAACCCACGACGACGACGUUGAGGGGGACGGCGCGGCGGAGCUGGAGGACGUAUGGAUGGGCAAGGGCAGCCUGCACCGCGUGGCCCGCAAGAUCCUGCGCAAGGCUCUGGCCGCCGGCCGCCUGUGUCCGCUGGCCGAACGGGUGGUGCGCCCCCUGGCGGCGCAAGGGGACGAACCGAAGUGCGUGCCCGCCACCAAGGUGCCCGACCCGACCAUUCCUCGGCCGAAGCCUUCGACCGAACAGCAGAACCGCAACGACGACAAGAAGCCCGCCGACCAGGCCCCCGGCGCUGACAAGCCCAAGAACGACCAGAGGGACACGCAGGCUGCCGAGAAGGGAGCCGACAAGCCCAAGAACGACCAGAGCGACACUCAGACUGCCGAGAAGGGAGCUGACGACGGGGAGUCGGCCGACAAGGCCACCACCAAAAUGAAGGUCGCGGGUGGCGCGAGCGACAAGAAGAAGUCCACCAAGGCUGGCAACAAGCAGAAGAACAGCAAGGCUGGAGGCGGCGCGACACUUGACGACCUACUGCAGGCCGGCAUGUUCGGAAAGAAGGCCUUGGGCAGGUGA